GAGCUGCGGGCGGCGAAGCUACGCGAGUUCCUGGAGGAUGUGAACCCCUCGCUGCACUACGACAUUGUGCCUCUGGCCGACCCCUUCGGCCCUGCGGUCACGGACCCCGACCUGCAGUGCCUGGUGGUCAGCGAGGAGACUCACCGGGGAGGGGAGGCCCGUAAUUCCUUUCCAGAGCCUGGGCUCUCUGAGUUGGCACUCCACGAGAUCCAGUUGAUGAAGGACCCUGACCACAAUCAGAACGAGGAGGAGAAGAUCAGCUCCUCCAGCCUGCGGCAGAGGCUGCUGGGGACGCUGCUGCAGCCCGUGCGGGUGAGGGGAGCCCAGAGAGCCACAGCUGCAGUGGGACUGUGUGCCCAGGAGGAGGAGAUCCUGAAUGAGGAUGGGACAAUUAACAGGAAAGUCCUUGGGGCCAAAGUGUUUGGAAACCAGGAGCGGCUGAAGAGCCUGACAGACAUCGUGUGGCCCGAGAUAGCACGGAUGGUGAAGGAGCUGGUUGGGGAGGCCAGUGCUCAAGGGAAGGCUGUGUGUGUGCUGGAUGCUGCUGUGCUGCUGGAGGCUGGCUGGCAGGACAUGGUCCACGAGGUGUGGACAACCAUCAUCCCGGAGGAGGAGGCCGUGAGACGCAUCAUGGCUAGGGAUGGGCUGAGUGAGGAGGCUGCUCGCCGCCGGCUGCAGAGCCAGAUGAGCAACAGGCAGAGGGUGGAGCAGGCCCAGGUGGUGCUCUGCACCCUCUGGGAGCCAGACAUCACCCGCCAGCAG